AUGGAACGCCCAUAUCAGUUUUCCGACGACCGAGACGGCGCGCGUUCACCUUUCAACCAGCAACUGCUCAAUCCCGCCGCACAGCCAGCGGGCACUUCUUUCAAAACAAAUGUGAAUCGUAGUAAAACGCGCAAAUGGGCAGAGGCCAAGAACUAUUCUUACGAUGGAGACGACUGGGGCGGUUAUGACCCUUACGAUGAAUAUGGCAGCUACGACGACAAGCAAGACGCGCCCCUUCCUGCUGCCGCACCGCGACGGAACUCGUUCGAGACGGGUGAGGAAGUGAGAUCCUUCUCUUCCGGUCAACAGCAGCCACCGCCUCCUCCGCCCGCGCAUAUCACUCCCACCAAGCCGCAGCCUCUCCAGCCUGCGAUCCAACCACAUGCCGACUAUGGCGUCCGCCGCGACUUCUCUCAGAUCGCUCAUGUCCCACCACCUCUCAAGACGAAUACCUCUCCUCAGGUCGUUCGCGAACGCUUUCCUGCUAGGAAAAGCAGUCUGCAGACCAGCGUGCCAUCUUCGCCUGCUAUGGGCUCGCAGCAACCCGUGAUUCAGGAGCCAGUCUCGCCAAGUUUGAGCGCUUCUACCGCUCCGAGUGCUGGCAAACCUCUACCAUUCAUCCGCCCUGCCGACAUUUACAAGCGCAUGGAAGAGGAGCGGUUGAGGGAACAAGAAGCCAAGAGCCAGGUCGGACCGACGCCCGCUAGACACGAGGAGCACCAGGAGAAUCCUGUCCCGGCCAAAGCUGCCGGUGCCGAUGUUGCUGGUCAUGAGACCGCUCGUGAGGAGCAGCCUGCAACUGCCUCUCUGGGUUCUUCUCUGCCAGCAGUCAGUCGUGUCGCUUCCGGAUUCGGCUCAGAAUUCUGGAAUGCCUCCGAGUUGUCUAGUUCGUUGAACGCGGCUGACGCUCUUUCGCCAACCACUACCAACACUGAGCCUGUGGCGCCCGCUGAACCCAACACUGUGGAGGACGCCUCGCACGAAUUGACUGAUGCAGUAAAUCAAGCGUUCGAGCGUCGGGAUGACUUGUCCGUACCACCUACACCCAUUUCUCGCGACAACUCCCAGUCUGGCCACGGAUCGGAUACGACGGGGAUAAGCCCUAUAAUGAGCCGUGUCCCAAGCGCUGCGACUGCGGAAGCAAAGGCCCGCCUCAUUGAUAACAGAGACAUGGGACCCAUCGCCGAGGAAGGCAGUCUGCCUGGUAGUCCUGGUUCGCGCCCUUCAUCGUCACAGCAAUAUUUCGCCACCAAGAGACGUAGUCCUACACACUCCCGUAAUGUGUCGGGCGAGUCUUUCAGCAACAGCCCUGCCAGAACUCCGCAACUGGAAUAUAUGAAGAGACUUUCUACUCCAAUGUCGGCAGAAAACAGCAGUCUGCAAGAAGAGCAGGCCGUUUCGCCCAUUGAAUCGCCUAGCAAACCCCUUCCCGUUGCUUCAGUUCGUGUGAUCGCACCUUCAGCAGACUACACUCGUAGGGAGUCGGAUAUCGCUGCCGACGCAUCAUCGUGCUCACCAGUCGAUACAGCCGAAGCUGCAAAGGCCGCCAGAGCAAAUUUCCUUCAGACUCACGAAAGAGUCAAAUCACCGGUGACCGGAAGCCCUAUCGAUCGCAGUCCUUCGCCCAUCUCGCGGCAAGGAUCUCCUGGUCCCAGUAGAGUCCGCGAUCUUGCGGGAAAGUACAAUGAACUUCACACUCUGUCUAGGAGCAGCUCUGCCAUGUCUUUCAACUCUCAGAAGAGUGACAGAUCCUUGAAGAGAACUGGUACAUGGGACACCACAAACAGCGACGCCAGCGGCGUGACUAGUGAUGAUCAAGUCCUCGAAUCGAUCGAAACAGCUUCUCUUGAUCGUCCGGACCCAACUCGAGGCCCUAGUUUCCGCCCACACUUGCCAGGCGAGUGGGUCUCGUACGUGGGCACUCCUAGCGCGGAGAUGCCCGUGGCGCAAGAAGCCACCAGGCGUAGCGUGGAACACACGAGGGAUAACCUCCAGCAUGACCAGAUUACUCCUAGGCAGGCAACGUUCCCGCCCCCAGGAGAUUUUGAUCCUACGCCCGCCACGGUCAAGCAGCCGCUUGCUCACAAGGAUAUUCAACCCCAAGAGACUAACCACGUGGAUAGCCUGAAGAAUGCAAGUGAAGCAUUAGGCGCUGCGUUGUUAUCCUCGUUCGGCCAGAAUCAUGGCACCAGAGACUUUGCUCAGCCAGAGCCACAGUCUCCGGAGGAAGACUUCACUGCACCUCGAGGUUCAGUUGGUGAUGUCUAUCUGAGGCCUUUGACAAUCGACCGUAAAGCUUCAUCAAUCGCUUCCAGUGUUGGUCCCACGCCACCAGCCAAGGACACUCCCGAUGGACUCGGACUACGAGAAUCGUCUGGCUACUUCCCUCCACCGACUCUUCGUGUCGACUCUGACGCCAUGACACCUGCUUCUGACUACUCGCCUGCCGACAUGGAAAGCGACCGUCUGCGCAGAGAGAUUGAGAGGAGUCUUACGCCCCAAAUUCAUUCUGAAUUUCAGCAGACCCGCGACCAAGACGCCCUGGACGCGCCAGCGGCCCUUCGAGAGCUUCAGAGGGCCGAGGGACUUCGUGCUGAUGACAGUCUGCCUGGGUCGAACGUGCCUGCAGUCAUUGGUGAGCCUACAGUAUCGCAAACCAACACUCAAGCUGCAGAUGCCGGUCUUCUUGGUAAGCGCUUCAGUUUCGAAAGAGAUCAGAGCAAUUCCAGCCUGUGGGGUGAAGUGGGUGAGGAAGUGAAGCGUGCCUCUUACGAACGGCCAUUAUCUGGCGUCGGGCUUCAGGUGAUCAAUACGAAUGUGAGCAGCAGUAGCAGUAGUGGGUGGAGCACUUCGUCUAUCGGGGACGCCCCUGGGGACGCAACCGAGGAGCAUACGGAAGUCCCUUUACAGCACGCGGAACCACCUCUACAGCUUAGGGAACAAUCGCCACAGCCUACGGAAGCACCUCUACAGCCUGUCGUCAGUCUUCCAUCGCCCGACAUUCCCUGGGUGCCCACCAGAGAUGAGGACAGGGAAGCCGAAGCCAGUAUGCCUACAGUACGACAGCCGACCGCAUUGGAGAAGCGUCUUGGUGAAUUACCACCUCCUGUUUAUGAAGAAUCCGAGACGCCAUUGGCUUCUUCUACUACCACAACUACCGCGACUACCGGGGCUACAAACACAGCGGCUCGCAUUCCCACUGUCAGAGAGAUCAUGGCUCUGAAAACAGUCGACGAGCGUGUCAACACUUAUAACUCUUCGCGAGAGCAGGUUGCCUCAAUGGACACUGGUCUCAGCAACUGGCUUACUUCGACUCUCUUUUCUCAUCCUGAGCAUGCGCAUGUUGUCACAGACGCUGCGAACAAACCUGCCGGAACGACUGCCAUUGGAGGCAGCAUUCGUUACAAGCCUCAGCCUGGUAAUAUCAUCAAGUUGGCCAGGAAAGGUCUUAGUGGCGUCACGAACAGGGAACCUUCGGGCUCUCAUGCGGCUGAUCCCAGCCAGUCGCCCUCCAACGUUGAGCGUCAGACUUCCAACACAGUCGGCCGCUCACCUUCAGCACAACAAGGAGGCGCACCAAAGAUGCAGACCAAGGGCAAGGAUUUGUUGCACUCCGCCGGCAUGUUCGGCGGCAAGGCUACCGUAGGAGCUAAGGGCCUGUUCGCAAGAGCAAAGGGAAGACUUCGAGAAGGCGGAAGCGAGAAGGUAGAUUGA